GGUGGCCGGUGAGCUCGGCGAGUGUGUCUUCCGUCGGGUGCACGGCUGGACUCAGUACCCUGGGCCCUAUCCUAGCGGGGGUCCCUCUGCUGCCGCGGCGUCGCGCCCACUCUUGCUGCCCAGGACGGGACGCGGAGGUGGUGGCGCUCUUCGUUUGCUCUCCCCGCGACCCUUCCCGUCACCUCGUUCCCCGGACUGGGCAGCUCUGAAGCCCUGAAUUCCGUUCUCAGGGGCCACACUCCCGACCCUGACCUUUCUUUCCAUCUACUCCGAAGGGACUACCGCGUACCCGCACCCUCAUUGCUUUCACUUUCCUGUGGCGUCCUGGUGGCAGGCAUCUCCCUUCUCAGGGAGAGAGAAGCAUGUCGCCAGCAAGGGUCCCGGCGCCUCAGGAUGAAGAGGCAGGAAGACACGCCGCCCUCCCUGACUGCUCAGCUUCUCCUGUGUAAUCAGCUGCCCCUUUGGAAACUGGGCAGGGGUUGCGGCUGGAUGCCGGUGUCACGACUGGUCUCGAGCAUACGAUGCAGAAAUAACAUGUUCCCAGCACUGGAAACAGACAUAAAGCAGGAGACUCUUCCUGAUCCCUAUGAAGACUUUAUGUACCAUCACCUCCAGUAUUAUGGCUACUUUAAAGCUCAGAGAGGCAGUUUACCAAACUCUGCUACGCAACAACACGUUUGGAGGAAUAACCCUCGAUACCUGUUGAAUGGCUCUUUUGGGGAAAGAGAUGAUUUGAAGCUGGACACCCUGAAAAAGGAGACACUUGUGUAUUCAUUUCUGCUGAGUUCACCACUUCUUAGGAGUAGACAGCUUCUUUAUGAUGAGUUGGACGAAGUAAAUCCACGUCUUCGAGAACCCCGAGAGCUCUUUGCAUUUUUCUCUAGUAAUGGACCACUGCAGGCUCCAAGAUGGCCAAUAGAAUGUGAGGUCAUCAAAGAAAACGUUCAUCAUAUUGAGUGGGUUCCACCUCAACCAGAAUAUUUCUAUCAACCUACAGGAAAUGAAAAGAUUCCAGAAAUUGUAGGAGAGGAAAAAGGCACAGUUGUCUAUCAGUUAGAUUCAGUUCCCACAGAAGGUGCCUAUUUUACCAUUUCCAGAGUAGGAGGCAAACGAGGAGUUAUCAAGGAACUUGCUGUCACGUUGCAAGGACCAGAAGAUAAUGCUCUACUGUUUGAAUCAAGGUUUGAGAGUGGAAAUCUGCAAAAAGCUGUCAGAGUAGACACCUAUGAUUAUGAACUUACCUUGCGAACUGACCUCUACACAAACAAACACACUCAGUGGUUUUAUUUUCGUGUUCAAAACACCAGAAAAGAUGCCACCUAUCGCUUCACCAUUGUCAACUUGCUAAAACCCAAGAGCCUUUAUACUAUAGGGAUGAAGCCACUCAUGUACUCUCAAUUGGACGCUAGCACCCACAACAUUGGCUGGAGGAGAGAAGGAAAUGAAAUCAAGUACUUUAAGAACAACACAGAUAACGGGCAUCAGCCUUUCUACUGUCUCACAUGGACCAUUCAGUUUCCACAUGACCAGGACACUUGCUUCUUUGCACAUUUCUACCCAUAUACUUACACUGAUUUGCAGUGCUACCUCCUGUCAGUGGCAAAAAACCCCACCCAGUCUAGGUUCUGUAAGCUCCGAACUUUAUGCAGAAGCCUAGCAGGAAAUACUGUCUACCUGCUCACCAUCACCAACCCAUCCCAGACCCCUCAAGAGGCAGCUGCCAAGAAAGCCGUGGUCUUGAGUGCCAGAGUACACCCCGGAGAAAGUAAUAGCUCCUGGAUUAUGAAAGGCUUUCUGGACUUCAUCCUUAGUGACUCCCCAGAUGCCCAGCUCCUCAGAGAUAUCUUUGUUUUCAAGGUGAUUCCCAUGUUAAAUCCAGAUGGCGUGAUUGUGGGGAAUUAUCGGUGUUCAUUGUCAGGAAGGGACUUGAACAGGCAUUAUAAAACCAUUCUGAAGGAGUCUUUCCCUUGCAUUUGGUACACCAGGAACAUGAUCAAAAGACUUCUUGAAGAAAGAGAGGUUCUCUUGUAUUGUGAUUUCCACGGCCACAGCCGUAAGAAUAAUAUCUUCGUGUAUGGCUGUAAUAACAACGAUCGAAAGUACUGGCUUCGUGAGCGAGUCUUUCCUUUAAUGUUAAGCAAAAAUGCACCAGAUAAGUUCUCUUUUCAUAGUUGUAAUUUUAAGGUUCAAAAGUGCAAAGAAGGAACAGGGCGAGUUGUGAUGUGGCGGAUGGGAAUACUGAACAGCUACACCAUGGAGUCUACCUUCGGUGGAUCCACCCUCGGCAGUAAAAGAGACACUCACUUUACCAUUGAGGAUCUGAAGUCCCUAGGUUAUCAUGUCUGUGACACCCUUCUGGAUUUCUGUGAUCCUGACCAAUCCAAGUUCACUCAGUGUCUAGGAGAACUUAAGGAGCUCUUACAACAGGAAAUCCAAAAGAAAUUCAAUGAACGUGGACAAGAUAUGGAUUUAGAAGGAAGCUGGUGUGACAUCUCUUUGUCUGACAUUGAAUCUAGCACCAGUGGUUCUGACAGCUCCCUCUCAGAUGGUCUCCCUGCUCACCUACUGAACAUGGCAGAGGAGUUGAAUGAGAAGAAGAUAUUUAAGAAGAAAAAAAAGAAGCCACUUCAGACUAGGAAACAGCGAAACAAGCGGUAUCAGAAAAGUAACUCAAUGCAGGAGUUAAAGAUAACAGAAGAUGCCCCAGAAACAGCAGGAUUUGCUUCUACUCUGAAAAAGCAGCCUACCUUUUUCAAAAAUUUGGAGAAUUCCACUUCUUCAGCAAUGAAAAAUGAAAAACCAAGGUUGAAUGAGACACAGUUAAAUGGAAGAGACAAAGGCACCUCCCUGGACUCACCAAUGACCACCCUGAUUCUGACUAAGAGUAAAGAGAAAAUGCAGAGUAAGAAGCCAGGCUUUACAAUAUCAUGCUCUCCAAAGAGAAGCACAAAUUCCAGCCAAGAUCCAGCCUCAGGUAUGAAGCCAAACUGGCCUAGGAACAGAUAUCCUGCGACAAAGAGAGGCUGUGCCACCAUGGUGCCAUACCCGCCCCUGCACAUAUGCACGUACCCGUAGGUGUGCCUGGGCCACACCACGCAGGCACUUCCUCGGGGUGGAAUCCAAAAGCCACAUUUUGAGAUGGUGGGGAGAUGUAUGACGGGGAGCUACAUUCACUUGUGUUGUCCCAUGUUGUGCAUUCGUCAUGCAUUGACCUCACACUUUGUACUUAUACUGUGUGCAUGUCCUCAAGAUGCAUACCUCAUACAUUCAGUUAUUUUUUCAUAAAGUGAAAUUUUAUUAUGAUGUAUCGAAAAGCUUCCUUUAUCAGAAACUGAAGUGUGUGCUCAUGGAACUACAGCACAGACAUACCUCAUUUUAACCAGUAUUCUCUCUGAAAUUAUGUGUGAAUGGGUUUUAAAAGAUCAAACUCUGUUUUAAACAUAUUGUGGGACUGUGCUAUAUAAAAAAAAAGUCUGUGUCAAAGCUUUCUAGUUAUGAGUGAUCAGUCAGACUGUUGUAUAUCAGGUUUUCUCAGUGAGGUAUUCCCAUAUAGAGAUAACAAUUCAUGUAUUACCCAGAAUUUAAUGUUGUGUAUAUUAUGUUCAACAAGGUUAUGGAAAUUUUUUUUGAUGAUUAAAAUUCUUUCUCUCUAA